AUGGACAAUGAGUCUGUAGCUCCCUCUCCCACACAUACGAAAUCCACAAACAUCCGCGGACACGUGUGCCCCCCGACCUCCAAAGUGCACACAUCUCCCACUGCUCUUAUCCAACAAUCAUCCAUAGGGAUGGAAGGUGGAAACAAGAAAAGAGAACAUACCCCUUCAGUCGCACACCAAAGGAACCGCGGCAGCCAUCUUGCUCCCAGGAUAUGGAGGAGACAGGCACGGAGACGACGGGAGCGAACCAAGAAGGGCACACAAUGCUCCUUUAAUGAUAAGGGACCUACAAUCCCUGCUCCAAGACGCUACGAUGGACAUCAAGUCCCACGUGGCAUCAGAGCUCAACAAGCAACUUUCAGGCCUAAAGGAGGAACUCGGGGCCCUGGCGAACAGGACUAAUCAAGCAGAGGCGCGCAAUACUGACCUCACCACCAAAACCCAGGCACACUCUCAAGACAUUGUCUACCUCCACUCGAGGCAAGUGUCCAUAGAGGAAGGCCUGGAAGAUCUCAACAACAGGUCCAGGCACAACAAUAUCUGGAUUAGGGGACUACCCGAAACGGUUGCCACAGAAGGCUUACACAAUACACUCCAAGACCUGUUCAAGAAUAUGCUCCCGAACCCAUCUGCACAAGACCUCACCCUCGACUGGGCUCACAGGACCCUCUGCCCACAAGCCCUGAACCCUGCUACUCCCAGGGACAUCAUAACCUGUCUCCAUUUCUUUGCCGUUAAGAAGCUACUAAACACCACUAGAACAACCCCGCCGCAAUUCCAAGGGGCCUGGCUCUCCUUCUACCAAUACCUGGCACCCUCUACCCUCAAAAAAUGGAGAGAUCUCAAAUAA